CUUCCAUGUGUCCUGCGUGUUUGCUUGUUUACCUCCUGUUGGCGCAAUGUCAACAGAGGCAUGUUAUAAAUCCAAAGUCAAAGAAUUUAGAAUGGCAAAAAAGCUGUUGCUUUUAGAUCUUGACUGUGGGGUGGACGAUGCCCAAGCAAUGAUGAUGGCUCUUGCAGCUUCAAAUGUGCACAUCCUGGGUAUAACAUGUACUCAUGGAAACACAAGAAUUGAAAAUGUGUGCAAAAAUGUACUUCGAGUCCUGCAGGUUUGCCAGAGAACAGAGAUUCCAGUGUUCCGAGGUGCAGGUGCCUCUCUCCUAGGACAUCAGUUAAAUGCGGAUCAUUAUCAUGGAAAGGAUGGUCUGGGUGAUGUUCCAGAUCCUAAUGCUCCAGGGUUGGAACACAUACAAGCUGAACAUGCAGUGAAUGCCAUGAUAAGAAUAGCCACUGAACAUGUUGGUGAGGUCUCUCUUGUGGCUAUUGGCCCCCUCACCAAUGUUGCCCUGGCAUUUAAAAUGGAUCCCACUUUUCCAGCAAAGUUGAGACAUCUAUACAUCAUGGGAGGAAACAUGGAAAGCAGGGGCAAUGUAACAAUGUGUUCUGAGUUUAACUUUGCAACAGAUCCUGAAGCAGCUUAUAUUGUCCUGAAUCAUUUUGCUUGCCCCAUGUAUAUUGCAACUUGGGAAUAUUGUCUUCGUCAGGCACUUCCUUGGGAGUUUUUUGAGGAGUGGGUAAACCAAGACACCGAGAAAGCUUGCUUCAUGAAGAAGAUAACUGCGCACACUGAAAAAUUUUCUAAAGGCAAGCAAGGUGGUAGAGAGAUGUACUUUGGACCUGGAUUUCUGUCCUGUGAUUCUUUUGCAAUGGCAGCUGCAAUUGAUGAGAGUGUUGUCACAGAACACAUACGAUACGGAGUAAGCGUGGAGUUGCAAGGUUCAGUGACCAGAGGGAUGAUGAUUGUGGAUACACUUAACCUACUGCAAAAAGAAAAUCAAGCUUUUAUUAUGACAAAAUGUGAUGUUGAAAAGGUUAAGCAGCUGAUGAUGUCUGCUCUGAAAUAGUGGGCUCAACAGGGAUAGCAAGAGGAUAGUUGAACACAAAUAUCAGUAGACAUUCUAGAAAGUAUAAAAUGUUGGUCUCUAGUUACCUUACUAUUUGUUAUUAAUUUUCUAGCAUGUUUAUUUCACUUAUUCACUUCCCCCGCCCCUUCCAAUAUUUUCUGAAGGAACACAGCAAGAUUAAAUGAGUCCUAGACAUCUCUUACUUCAGCUGCAAUUUUUUUUUUACUCAGCAUGUAUGAAUGCAGAUGUUGAGUAUUGUAUACUACUGCUCAGAGUGGCAACAAAAAUAAACCUGAUCGAGCGUACCCAAUUUGUACACAUAUGCCCCACCAAGCAUUGUGACUGGAUUCUGACAAGGAACAGAAAAUUGUAUUAAUUUUCUCUACCUUCUCAAAGAGAAUUGUCAUAAAUUUACGAAAACAUAAACUGUCUCAGCCUAGAGAAGAAAUGUGGCAUGCUACCUUUACUAACUGACUCAGUGAGUAGUGAAAAAAGGUGGCAUAACAGCAACCAUAUGACUUGUACUUAAAUAUUUUUGGUAUAGUAAAAUGUCACUUGAUCCUUCACAAAAGCAGAAAACAAAACAAAAACUGACAUUUAGUGAAAGGAAAAUGCAUUAAAGCUUAUUCAAAGAGGUAGGUUUAAGGAGCAAGGUAUCUCAGAUUCUCCAGCAUCAGCAGUUCCUACUAUCUCUGCAGAAGAAGGGUCUCGACCUGAAACAUCAGCUAUCCUGCUCCUCUGAUGCUGCUUGGCCUCCUGUGUUCAUCCAGCUCUCUACCGUGUUAUCUCCUACUAUCUCUGUAACAGCUUUAAGGAGCAUCUUGCUUUCAAAAUAUACUAAAUUUCCAGAAUUAAUGUAUUGCAUUUCAAAUGAAAAUUGCACUUUAAGAAGGUGCAAAUUGUGAUUAUACUCAACAAAACAUACUCUUCAUCUGAUAAAGAAACAUCAGACUCAAAAUGUUUAUUCUGCUUUCUUCCCGAAGAUGCUGCCUGAUCUGCUGAGUUUCAUGAGCAAUUUCUGUUUUUGAUUCAGAUCUCCAGCACCCAUAUUCUUUGUUUUAUUUUAGUGUGACGUUAUAUUUCUGCAUUUACUGUCAAUUAAUGGCAUUGUGAUGUAUUGCAAGCUGUAUUUGAUGAUUUAACUACUCAAGAAGGCACAGAAUUAUAAAUAAUUAUGGACCGUUUUAACUAAUGCUAGGUAAGCUUAAAGUCUUGCAACCCCUCGUUUAAGGUAAAAUCAGAUAGCAUUUGAAAAUAGAUUGUUUAAUGGAAACCAUCAAUAAGAAAUCAUGAAAGCAACUUAUGUUUAAAAGCUUUCUUUUGACAAAUGUCCAAUUCAGUAAAGAGAAUGUGAUUAUAUAAUUGUUUUGCAUAUCUGAUUUAAAUUUUCCCUCAAGAGACAUGUAAACUCAGGAAGAUUGAC